AUGUCUGAAACAGUUGGUGAAGCCAAAGAUCUCAUGACGGAUUAUUUACGCCAGAUUUAUAAACACGUGGAAUUGUGUAAAGAAGUUAUUACUGGCACUUGGAAAGAGAAGAUUGAAUUUGUUUUUAGCCUUCCUACCAAGUGGAAUACUUUAGAUACGGUGAAUAGAUUUAAUGAUGCGAUAUAUGCAGUAGGAUUCACAUCUCAAAAUUCAGAUAAACAUUCGGCGAAAUUGGAAUUGACUGAGGCUGAGGCAGCAGCAGUUUACUCUGCGACAAAUUCUGAGAUUGAACUUGAUAAGGGAGAUAAUAUUCUCAUCUAUGAUGCAGAUGGUGGAAAGACUGAUCUUGGUCUUGUUGAAGUAGCAGACCCAAACCCUGAAAGACCAGCCUUAAAACAAGUAACGAAAGUCCAAGGUUUUGGUACCGGAUCAACUAUGAUCGACCAAGCAUUCGAACUUCUCGUACAAGAACGGUCAGAAAUAUAG